AUGUCGACAAGCAAGACAGGAGAUGUUUUGUGCUUCUUUAUCAACGGGAAAAAGGUAGUUUUUAUCAUGUAAUGAAGUUCGGGGACUGUCUGUCUAGUUUAAGAUGGCUUCAGCUACUUGCUUUAAGAUUUUAUUUGCUCACCUUCGUCAAAAACUCGAGUUUUCAACCAAUUUUCUCAAUCGUAACUAAUGUUAAGGGUUGCUUCUGUAUGCCAGGGAAAAAUUUUAAUUGGUUUGACAUUUAGGAAAGUCACUUCGACUUUAAAGAAAAGUCACUUCGACUUUGAGAAAACUCGUCAAAGUCUUCAGUUUGAUGAGUGGUGUACCGCAAAAUUGUGUGACCUGUCAGACUGUGUACCAAGGAGAGAGGGGUUGUGGGUGUAAAAGUGGAGCACUGCUUUUAAUUUAAUGGAACAUACUUGGGGGAAAAAGGAGAAAUAAAUUAGUUUAAGGCUCACUUUUAAACUUUGACAAAACUGGAAAGGUGGUCACAUCAUGACUUUUGUGGAAAAUUUUCUGAUUAACCUUGAGUUUUGUGUUGUGUCAAACGUAAAUUGCCGGUUUGACGUUAUAUAACUGACUUUGGUUUGUGAUGUUUCUCUAUGGGCUUUUAAGAGAGUCAAUUUGUUCAGAUAAGAUCGUUUUUUCCCGUUAUUCCACCCUUUAACACUAAAAACACAUUCUUACUUUCUCCAGCUUUUAUUUUGGCACUUCCGGUUUCCGGCAUUUUGAAUUAGCACAUUAGCUGAAUUUUAGAUUUAGCUUUAACAUUUAGAUUUAGAUUUAACAUUUGAGUGUAACAUAUAAUAUCUAUAACUGUGCUAAAAAACUGACUUCCAAAAUUUCGCAGCGGUUCUUUUUAACACGGUCAAAGCUAAAUGUGACAAAAUGUCGCUGUUAUUUUCUGCAUGAGCAUUUCUACAAACGGCCACCCCAUAACUUUGACGUUAGUCAUUUCGGGCAGUUGUUGUCAUGAAAAAUGUUAGGCUUUAACUCUAAAAAAAAUAAGAAAACAUUUAUAAAUCUAGUGUUUCCUCUUCAAACAGUAUAGUGUAUUUGGCAGGGCGCUCGUGACCAGAAUACCGGAAUCAGUGGUAUCUGGUCGCGAGCGCUUCCCGCUCCUAAACCCCGCCAGUUUUGCUCAGGAUGGUUCUGACGGCCCGGGGUUCUGGCUCCUUUCCAUCGCGUUUGCCCCCAACAAAACAAAACAAAAACUGGCCAUGGAGCACCGAACUGUCCCCGGACUUUUAGCACCUCAACUGAAAAUAUCUGCAUUCGUGAAAAAGACGGUUCGUAGUGAUGCGGACACCGCAAAUUCUCUUGUAGAUGCUAGCUUAACACUAGAACACUAUUGCUAAAACUAGUAACACCACCACUAUCCCUAUCGGGUGAUUUUUACCCGAAAUAAUAUACCCAAGAAAAAGCAUUUAUCAAAAUAUAUCAAAAUAGGUUAAUACAUGACAAAUUAAAGUAGUUUUCUUUUAUUUUUAACUGUGCAAUGUCCAAAGGGAGGGAAAAAAGUGCCAUGAGGGGACCAGAUAAAAUACAACAAAAAUAACUGAAAUAAUAAUUAUUAAUAAUUAUAAAAAAUAAUUAUUAAUAACCACUGCGCUAAAUUAAGAUAGCAUGCAAAUUCCAGGACCACUCCUACUGACCUUAUACCCUACAUGCAGCUAUCAAAUUCACCCAAACCUACUUUACCCUCUAUCGCUAAAAUCACCCUGUGAACACGUGUAUGUAGGAAAAAGCAGGUUUUGAAUCAGGGAAACAAAUAUUCCUUCAAUGAUGUCAAAGGAAAUGCUGAAGCUACCCAGAGACCCAUGAUACUCAGACAAACGCAACAUCAUGAAAAUCACGUGAACAUGUUUGGUCGGGUGAAAAUCACCCGGAGAUAGUGUUCUAGGGUUAAUGAUUUAUUUAUUUGUAUCGCACUUCUAAAAAUCAAGACAAAGCAUAUUGUUCAAGCCUAGUUAAAACAAACCUUGGAAUUUAAUUCAUGAGGAUAACUGCAGGAGAGGCCACCAAAAUUUCGAUCAAAGAUGGGCAGGAUUCGUGAUGACACCAAGAAUUUUGACUUUGACCCUUUCUAAAUAUUAUCCUAAAUAUGUACAUUAAGAAUAUAGUUAUCUUGAUGGUUUCUAGGUGUAAUAAAUAUAUGCACUUUUAUUUAUGCAGAGAGAUAACUUAUUUGCUUCAAACCAGGUCCUUAAUUUACUCUGUUCAUUGUUCAUUUCAUACACCUGUUUUUUCUGUUCAUAAAUACCAGUGAACAGGGUGAUCAGUUGGAGUUGCGUUGUUGGAAAUAUAAUCGCUAAGUAAUGUGUUGAUUGAUAAAUAAAUAAAAUGUUUUAUUCAUAAGUGACUUUUGAUUUAUUCUUUUCUUUACAAACAGGUGACAGAGGAACAUGCAGACCCUGAGACCAUGCUCCUGCCCUUCCUCAGAGAGAGGAGUAUCCUUCAGAGCAUUUUUAUAACUGUAUACCAUACUGUUGAUGAGAUUUAGCGCCACCUACAAGUUUCAGGAGUCAUGUCUGUACAUUACCUUGACUGUGCCUUCAGUGAGGUUAACUGGAACUAAGUCCGGUUGUGGCGGCGGAGGCUGUGGGGCGUGCACAGUCAUGGUGUCCCGCUAUCAAUCUUCCACCAAAACCAUCAUGUGAGCUUUGAUUUGUUUCGCAAAUCACAUGACCCUACUGCUGAGAUCUGAUUGGCUGAACAAUAAUCAACCAAACAAGUAACUGUUGAUCUUAGAUGACCUGAAAUCACCCUCUUUUCUGGCAUUUCAAAACUGUUACAGAGCGAUUACUCAACAAACUGAGCACUAUUGUCAUUGAUAUUUAUCCAAUUGCUGAAAAAUAUGUCAGUUUUUAUAACAGAGAUUGAUUUUUACACAACACUGAAGAGUUCAGAUGUGAAUACUACACUGAAUUUCUAUGGUGACUGUUUGUAAUUUUCCAUUCUGGCUCCAAACCAACACAGCAUCUGUCUGAGACAGUCUCACACACACACACACACACACACACUGAGCCAAAUGAAAAACAGUUGUUGGACAUCAACUGUACUCCGAAUUCUCUAGAAAGACUACACAGAGACACAUAACAACGCCAAACAUGUGCACAACAUUGAUGAGGAGACGCUUUUGAAGUAAAAGGAGGAAUUAAACAGCACCAGGAAGUGAAAUAGCCACAAUACGACUAAUGACACGACUACAAAGAGACACCAAGUUGAGAAAUGAGUUGGACCACCUUACACUUGACCCCUGUAAUUGAUUAAAUCAUGUUUCCUCCACCGUGUCAGUCAUUUUUCAGCUAACGCCUGCCUGCUGCCGCUUUGCCAGCUUCAUGGAGCCGCCAUCACCACGGUGGAGGGCAUCGGCAGCACCAAGACCAGAAUCCACCCCGUACAGGUCAGACACAGACCUAUUCUCAGUAUCAUUGGCUGCAUUUGCACACAUGUUGAAAUUCGUAGAUGCAAAUUGGAUUUACGUACUCAGCUCGCUCUUUCAGGCCUCCAAGAUAGACCAAAAAUAUAAAGAUUUUAAUUUUCUUUGUGAAAAAUAUUGAGCUGGAAAUCAUCACCUCUUCACUUGCCUUCUGGAGCAACUUUAAAUCCCACACAAUUUCCCCAGUAUUAGUCAAUGUCUGCAAAUUUAUGCAAGAAAUCUGAAAGAAAUUAAGACAGGUUUCUCUUCUUUUAGAAGAAUAAAACACCUUUUUAAAAAUCUUUUUGCACAGAGCUAUGUCUAGUAAGCAAGUAUGUCUAUAGAAGUGUAAAUAGGACUCUGUCUUUGCAGGAAUCAGGUCUGAAUAUGAGGUAACCAUUUUUAAUUUGUGCAGAUUUUGAACCCUCAUCCAAAAGAGUGAUUUUUCUACCAAAAUGCAGGAGCGGAUAGCGAAGGCUCAUGGCUCUCAGUGUGGUUUCUGCACCCCGGGAAUGGUCAUGGCCAUGUACACUCUGCUGAGGAACAAACCUCAGCCCAACAUGGAGGACAUCCAGGAGGCUCUGGCUGGUUAGUUUAACCUGAAAUAUGUUAAAUUUUCUCUCCUGUGAUACUAAGAGGCAGUAUUAUGAGUAACAGAUGUAAAAGAAAGUGGAUUAUUUGGAUCUUAUGACUUCUUUAAAGAGGUUGUAAUUGAGUUAUUUAAACUCUUGUGAAGUUAUAAAUAGUUUCUCAUUAUUUUGAAGUGUUGCACACUGACCCUGCAUGUCCUAGAUCUGCAGCCAGCCUUGUCCUCAUUGUCUCUGUUUGCUCUUCAGGAAAUCUGUGUCGCUGCACCGGUUAUCGGCCAAUCGUGGACGGCUGCAGGACUUUCUGUCAGGUACAAAGAUUAACUCUGUUUGUGAGACUGUUUUUGUUACACUAUUAAAGUUUCAGAUCUGGAGGCAAACAGUUAUAGGAAAAAAGGGAUUAAUCAGCAGAGUCCAGUUGUUCCAGUUACAAAAUCUGGUGUUAUGUGACAGUGUGGUUCGAAGUUCAGUGUCAGUGUCCCGUCAAAACAGGAAACAAACUGCUGCAAAGUGACAGAAAACGGAAACUGCUGUCUGAAUGGAGGGAAUCGUAACGAUGAACCGGCGCAGGUGAGUUGAAGUGGUGUUUGUGAUUUCUGUCUUUUUGUCCGAUCCAGGUGGAUCGUGUUUCAGUGUUUGAUUUUUCUGUCUUCUCAUGCUCUCAUCAUCUUCCUCAGGAUCCACCACAGCUGUUUGACAAAGAGAAACUUCUGCCGCUGGAUCCGACCCAGGAGCUGAUCUUCCCUCCUGAACUGAUCGUAAGUUGUCAGAAAGUGUUUUAUAAUUACAGUUUGGACUCACGUUUAGGUUUUUGUGUCACAGCCGGCUCCCAACAAAAGAUUUCCUUUAUCUGUUUUUUUUAUUUUCAUUCGUUAUGUAAGAGAAAAAGUCGUUUUUAAACAGGUGAAUGACUUAAACUUUAACUUUAUCAUGUUGUAAUUACGUUUGGUUUAAAACCGGCUCUCGCUCUCUCUCGACAGCUGAUGGCUGAAAAAGAGACCCCGCAGACCCUCACCUUUCACGGGGAGAGGAUGAGCUGGGUGGCCCCCGUCACUCUGGAGGAGCUGGUUCAGCUGAAGACCAGAAACCCAAAAGCUCCACUGGUCAUGGGGAACACUAACAUAGGUGAGCAGGAAGAAAAAAAAACUCAUCAUAUCUCAUUUGGAGCUUAUCACAGUUGUGUGUUUGGUAUUUUAUUGUCAUUUUAUGAUUAGAACAGUUUGAUUUAUCUGCUCCACUCUGUGUUAAAGGUCCAGAUAUAAAAUUCAAAGGCGUUAUGCAUCCGUUCAUUAUCUCUCCAAUCAGAGUGAAGGAACUGUUUGAGGUCACUCACACACCCAAAGGUGAGUUACCUGCUUUUACGCUGAAUUUUUCAGUUGUUCUGAAUCCAAGAGAAAAUAAUUCAGUUUUUUUGCUGAUCUUCAGACCCCUCUGUUAAAUAAAAGCUUGAGUUUUUUCUGUUAAUGUCGUGAAAGGAAAAGAAACGUCCCCUCAAACUUGCAGCUCGAUCACUCUUGUUUCUCCGCAGGGGUUUGGGUGGGCGCUGGCGUCUCUUUAGCCGAGGUUCGAUCCCUGAUGGAGAAGCUUGUCCCUCAGUUUCCAAAGGAGAAAACCGAACUGUUCAGAGCUCUGGUCAAACAGCUGGGAAACCUGGGGAGUGUGCAGAUCCGAAACGUUGCUGUAAUGAGACCUAAUAUUAACUUUUAUUUAGUAUUUUCAGUCAAAUUUGUCUUUAUUUUUCUUUCUCCGCUUUCCUUAAAGUCUUGACUACUUUGUUGGAAAACUGCGCAGUAGAAUAUAAAGUAUGUAGAAUUAUAACUGAUUCAUAUUUGAGGGAGUUUUUAUUGUAAAAAGUUUUUGAAGUCAAGAAUUUAGAGGAAAAUAUUUUGACCUGACUUUGUUUUUUUAGUCUCUCGGGGGUCAGAUCAUCAGUGCCUAUCCAAACUCAGACCUGAACCCGGUUUUGGCUGCUGGGAAAUGCAAAGUCAGCGUCAUUUCAAACGGUGAGUUUAGAGUUUAGGAGUUUAGCUGCAUUUUCAGGAAAUCUCUGACAACUUAAGAGAAGUGAAGUUCACACAUUUGGUUCUGUAUCUUUCAGAAGGAAGGCGGGAAGUCCCUCUGAACCAAGAUUUUUUUGUGGGCUUUUGUAAAACCAUCCUGAGGCCGGAGGAGAUCAUCGUCUCUGUUUUUAUUCCGUUUACUAGAAAGGUAAGACCGUCGCUCUAUGCUGUAAUAUUUAAUAAGAGUUACAUGUAAUAUUUGGAUAAAAACAAAGUUGAGGUGUUCCCUUAAAGAUACUUUUUCGGGUGUCACUGCUCCUGAUCUCCAUCUUCUUUUUGUUUUAUUUAUACAAAAGCAAACAAAGUCCAAUUUUUUACUUUUUGAACCGUUUAUGUCAUAAAAACUUUCCAAAUGACCCAGUCGUCUGUCCUGCAGGGGGAGUUUAUCAGAGUUUACCGUCAGGCUCCCAGGAAGGAGACCUCUUUUGCCACAGUGACGUCCGGGAUGAGGGUGUUUUUCUGUGAGGGGUCCCGCCUCGUUCAGGAUCUCAGUAUUUAUUACGGAGGAAUGGGACCGACAACCGUCAGCGCUGCAAAAACCUGUGCCGCCAUCAUGACAAGGUUCCUCUUUUUCCCUUUCCUGUCCUACUUCCUUUUCUCCUCCAUUUAUUCUCUAAAGAUUCUUGUGUCCUCCAGGCCGUGGGACGAUGACACCCUCAGCCAGGCCUACGACGUCCUCCUGGAGGAGUUGGACCUCCCUCCUUCAGCUCCUGGAGGAAAGGUGGAGUUUCGUCGCUCCUUAUCGCUCAGCUUUCUCUUCAAGUUCAACCUGGAGGUCCUGCAGAAGCUCAGAGAGAUGGUAGGACAGAAAGUGCAGCUCUUUACGGCUCAGUGGUUGGAGCGGAGAUGAAUGAUGUGGUUGUAUUUUUACAGGGAGUGAUAAGAGACGAGCUCCCAGAGGAGACGCCGGUGGAGCCGUUACCCAGAGUGAUCGAGCCCAGCCUGCAGGAGUUCCAGGUCAGAAAUCUGCUGCAGGAAACUCAACGAUACUGAAACAGCAGCGAGCAUGACUGUGUUUCUACUUUGGUAGUCAUCAAAAAUAAACCGACUUCCUCUUUAUCAGCAUGUGUCAAAGGACCAAAGUGAAAACGAUCCAGUGGGACGUCCCGUCAUGCAUCGCUCUGCACUCAGCCAAGCCACCGGUGAGGCCAUUUACUGUGACGACAUGCCUCCCACAGACGGGGAGCUCUUCCUGUCUCUGGUCACCAGCACCCGAGCACACGCCAAAAUCACGUAAGCAGAGAAGGGAAAGUUACAAAUCAUCUGUUGAAUGUUUUGGACGUAAAUCCUUUUUUUAAAAUAUUGAUUUGGUCCGACAGCGGGCUGGAUGUGAGCGAGGCUCUGAAGCUUCCUGGUGUUGUUGACGUCAUCACAGCUGAAGAUAUUCCUGGAAAAAAAGUGGUGUCCAUGUUCGGCUACGAGGAUGACCUCCUUGCUCAGAAAGAGGUGAAGUUUCACAGUGGACAUGAGUUCGGAAAUUCACCUUCCUGCUGGAUCUCUGCUGUCUGGAGUCAACACUCUGAACUGACUGAUACAAAAUACACCAGAGAAAUUGUACAACUGUUGUUUGUCUGCAGGUGUCGUGUGUCGGUCAGGUGGUGUGUGGGGUAGUCGCUGAUUCGAGAGAGCACGCUAAGCGAGCAGCCUACGCCGUGAAGAUCAGCUACGAGGAUCUGCCUGACCCGGUUUUCACCAUAGAGGUCAGAAUCUUGAUAGCAUCUUUUCACAGCUCUUUCAGCUGUUUUUCAGUUUAGUUCCUCUGCAGUGAUUAUUAAGCCUGUCCUCCUGAAAACGUUUGUCAGGUCGAAAGUUUGUGUCCCAUUUAUCAGUCAGUCUAAAGUGCGUUUGUCGUUUCUCUGAGGCAGGCGGCCGUGGAGAGGUCAUUGUUUUUUGAGCCUGGGAGGACACUCGAGAGAGGAAACGUGACUGAAGCUUUUCAAACCGCUGAUCAAAUACAUGAAGGUAAACAUUUGUCUCUUUCUACUCUCCUAUAUCCAUCUGCUAAUGUUGAGUUACAGUUCACAAAUAAACUCCCUAACUUUUUUAGUUUUUUUAGUUUUAGUUUUUAGUUUGUUUUGCUCAAAGCGGUGACAGUUUCCUGUUUUCCAAACUUUGUUUUUUUCCUCUCUGUGACGGUUUACUCAGGAGAGAUUAGGCUGGGAGGGCAGGAGCAUUUCUACAUGGAGACGCAAAGCAUGCUGGUCGUCCCAGUGGGAGAGGAGACAGAGUUCAAUGUGUACGUCUCCAGUCAGUGGCCGACUCUGACACAGGUACACACACAUUUUCAGACAUGCUGUAAUUUGGAUGACUCACAGUGACACGAAUUAAUAAAGACUUAAAGGCUCAGCUAAAGUUUCUUCUCUGUGUUUGUGAAUCAAUGAGGUGGAUUAUUAAUUUUUACUCUUCAGGAUGUAGUUGCAGCGACUUUGGGCGUCCCAUCCAACAGAGUCAACUGUCAUGUCAAAAGGAUGGGUGGGGCCUUUGGCGGGAAGAUCUCCAAAACCGCCACGCUGGCUAGCAUCACCUCUGUGGCUGCAUGGAAGUGAGUCAUGAACUCAAAUCUUAUCAGGAGCUGAGUGAGGAAUCGUAUGGAAAAAGACGUGAUCAUAAAUCGGGUUAAUUUCACUCCUCAGGACCAACCGUGCAGUGCGCUGCGUGCUGGAGCGAGGAGAGGACAUGUUGAUCACAGGAGGCCGACACCCCGUCCUGGGGAAAUACAAAGUACAAAAAAAAAAACAUCUCUAAUUCAGCCCAGCGUCUCCUUUUUUCAGAACUCUGACAGUCCACUGCUGUUCGUUGCAGGUCGGGUUCAUGAAAGACGGGAGGAUCGUGGCCGCAGAUGUGCAGUACUACAGCAACGCCGGCAACACCGUCGACGAGUCUCUCCUGGUUGGUUAAAAAGCAGCCGACUUUAUCGCUCAGGUGUUGAAUAUUUCAGGUAAAUCCCUCUUUUUUGUCUUGCAGGUUGCAGAGAAGAUGGUUCUUCACAUGGACAACGCCUACAACAUCCCGAAUCUGCGCGGCCGAACCAAAACCUGCAGGACUAACCUGCCCUCCAACACGGCCUUCAGGGGCUUUGGCGUGCCGCAGAGCCUGCUGGUGAUUGAGAACAUGAUUAACGACGUGGCGAUGGUUCUGGGUCGCCCCGCUGAUCAGGUUUGAGUCCGUUUUUUCUGCUGAACUCUGAACUUGGUUCAUAUAUGAAGCAGAAAAGCAUUUCUGUGAACUCCUGUUUCCUCAGAUUCGAGAGAUCAACAUGUACAGAGGGCCGUCAGUGACUCCCAGCAAAUUUGCCUUUGACCCGGAGAACAUGCUGCGCUGCUGGGAAGAGUGUAAGACCAGGGCCGAGUUUAAUGCUCGCUGCAGAGCCGCCGACCAGUUUAACCAGCAGAACCGCCAUAAGAAGAGAGGCAUGUCCAUCAUCCCCAUCAAAUACGGGAUUGGUUUUGCAGAGAGCUUCCUAAAUCAGGUCUGUGGGUUCAGUUUAUUAAAACACAACUCUGAUUUAUCUCCAGCAUUUCAGGUUAUUAAAGUUAUUUAGUGUGUGUGUGAAACAGGCUGCAGCUCUGGUCCACAUCUACAAAGACGGCUCUGUGCUGGUCACACAUGGAGGGACAGAGAUGGGUCAGGGGGUCCACACCAAAAUGCAGCAGGUAAGAUUCCUGUUUCUGUGCACUGCACCUUUAAUAUUUGUGAAGGAUAUAUCGAGUACUCUUCUCUCUGUCUGGAUUUGUCUCCCACUUUCUGUCAGGUGGCGAGUCGGGAGCUCCAUAUCCCACCUUCGAAGGUCUACAUCAGUGAAACCAGCACCAACACAGUCCCCAACACCUGCCCGUCUGCCGCCUCUUUUGGCACGGACGCCAACGGCAUGGCGGUCCAGGUAGAGUUCAUUCAUAGUUCUCCGUCACGUCUUACUUUUAAACCUUCACGACGUUGAGUAUCACUUUUAAUUAUUUUUCAUUCAGAACGCCUGCCAGAUUCUCUACCAGCGACUGAAGCCCAUCAGGGAGAGGAACCCCAAAGGAUCAUGGGAGAAAUGGGUAUGAUUGAAUGAGAAAUGGAGAGCUGAAAUCUAAUGCAUCAGAACCAGAAAGAAUGAUUCUUCAUUCUGUUGUCAGGUCAACGCUGCGUUUUUUGAGAAAAUCAGUUUAUCUGCGACCGGAUUCUACAGGUGGGAGAGACAGAGAUCAGGUUUGAUCAGUUUUUAAAGUUUUUAGGCUGAACUUUCAGCUUUCUGUGUGUCUUCAGAGGUCAUGACCUCUACAUGAACUGGGAGAAAAUGGAAGGUCAGCCUUACGCCUAUUUCACCUUUGGAGCGUGUUGCAGCGAGGUGGAGCUGGACUGUCUGACUGGAGACUACAGGGUCAGAGCAGUUUUAUCUUUUUCCAGUUUAAUCAUCAAAUUCAUCCGAGUGUUGAAUGUUUCUUUGGCUUUUCUCGCAUGUAGACGGUGAGGACAGACAUCGUGGUCGACAUCGGUAGAAGUGUGAACCCCUCAGUGGACAUCGGACAGGUGAGGAGAUUUAUCACCUUUUCCUCCCGAGUUUCUUUAAAUCACUGAAAUUUCUUUGUCUUCUUUCCCUCACUUCCUCUCGCAGAUCGAAGGAGCGUUCAUGCAGGGUUUGGGUCUGUACACGUUGGAGGAGUUGAAGUUUUCCCCCUCCGGGGUCCUGUACACUCGAGGGCCGUCUCAGUAUAAGAUCCCUGCGGUGUGCGACAUGCCGCUUAGCUUCAAUGUUUACCUGCUGCCAGAUUCCCACAACCCCCACGCCAUCUACUCCUCGAAGGUCAGAUACACACUUUAGCCCCAGUUAUUUCACACUGCCGCUGUGCUUGGAUCGAUCCGCCUGUAAAUCAGUCUCUGUGCUGGUCCUGUAGGGGAUCGGAGAACCGGUCCUCUUCCUCGGCAGCUCCGUCUUCUUUGCCAUCAAAGACGCUGUGACUGCCGCACGCUCGGACGCCGGGUUAACUGGUCUGUUUACCCUGAACAGCCCUGCAACACCGGAGAAGACGUGUCUCGCUUGUGCAUCCCCGUUCACGCAGAAGGUAAAAACUGUAACACAGACAGGGUGUCCUCAGGGUCUUGAAAAGUUUUAAAAGUCAUUGAAAAGUCUGGAUUUAAUUUAUUUAGUGUGUCAUCAGAGUUUCAGACUGAAAAUCUGAAUUUCUGCAUUUUGGUUUGAUUGAGUCAGAGUCUCUCUUGCUGCUAAAUUUACCGUCGUCUUCGUAAUCAUCUGUUUGCUUUUUAACCAUUUAAAAGAGUAAAAGAGGUGAAGUUCAGAUCAAACAGUUUUAUUGCUGAUAGAGAGAGGAUGAGGGAACAGAUUAUACGCUCACCUUUUAUUUCAGCCAUCUAUUAUUUUUUUAAUGUUUUUUUUUUUUUUCUCUUUUACGACAUUUUCAGAUUCCAGCCAGCAAACCAGGAUCUUUCAAACCGUGGGCCUUAGACAUCUGA